AUGGGUCCCGAUGAUGAAGAUGAAAGCCUCGCUCAAUUCCUCGAAUCUGAGGUCUUCUCCGAACUCUCCGAUCAGGAAAACUUGAAGGCAAAUGAAAAUGGAGAUGAGAUUGAGGAAGAAGAGAGAGAUAGAAAAAGGUCGUAUGAUGAAGAGGGAGACCUUAGUGAACAGGAGGAGAAGGAAAAACAAGAAGCAAAAAAGAUUAGAAUUGAGGAGGGUGAAAUUAGUGAUGAAGGAUUAUCGAGGGCAGUACGAUCGUCUUCUUCAUCAUCUUUAUCAUCUCUCGAGCUGGAAGUUGAAGUUGAAGCUGAUGCAGUAUUAUCACCUUCUGUAAAAGAUGAUACUCUAGGCGAUAAAGAUAAUGAGAAGCUUAGAACUGAAAGUAGACAAUUAUCUAGGAGGAUUGAGACUGGAUUUUUCAGCCAGAUCCCUCCUGAACUGUUCUUUCACAUCCUCAAGUUCCUCUCCUCUGAGGAUCUUGUUUCUUGCUCAUUGGUCUGUAGAUUCCUAAAUAUUGCUGCUUCAGAUGAAUCCUUGUGGCGUCGCUUGUAUUGUAUGCGGUGGGGUCUAGUGCUUCCUAAAAAGCCAAGGGAGAGUGCUUGGAAGAAGCUUUAUAUCCAGCGUGAUGAAGAUGAUAUGACAGCCUUCGUGAAGAAUUGCCCAUCUGAAUUCAAAGAAUAUUACAUCCAGAUGCAGGUGGCGAAGAGAAGUCAAGCACCUCAUCCUUCUCAGGUGAAUGAUGACCGUAUAAUCCUUGACAAGACACUUGCGGAUCAAGUCUCUAUGUGGAAGAGCAGCAGAGGUCUGGCUGAUACAGUGGUAGUCAAUCAUGCAUGCACUGGGGAAAGCUGCACUUACUAUCGAAUCGGAGAUGUGUUUGUUUGUGAGAAAACUGGCAAUGUUCAUGUUUGUGAUGAUACAUGCAAAGAAGUUAGUAUGGACCCCGCGAAUGAGCUCUUGGUCUGCACCAUCUCAGGCCGCUGUUUCGAAAGAUUACUCUGUGCAGAUGAAAUGGAACCUGAUGCUGAACAACAGCAAGUUGGUGUAACUGAUGAAGCAGAGCCUUUCAUGGGAUCUGGGCGCUUUGCUCGGGCAUAUCUACUCGGAUAUAAUUGUGAAGACGAAAAGGAGCUGGAAGAUGCAUUGAGGUUUUGUUGA